ACUCUGCGCACACUGCAACUUACCAGUGAAGAAGAUCAACACCGAGCACUCAGUGAACAUGCUGUGCUCCCACGUAUUCCAGCCUUCCCUCAGCCACCUGGUGGAUUUCCACUGGCCCGUACGCAGUCUCUGGCCACAGACACAAUCUCUCUGCUUUCAGGAGGAGAUGUUGCACAGACACAUGCAGGAGAUGAAGAACAGUCUGGACCUCUUGCACACGCUUCAGCACAGGGUCUUUCAGGAGAUGGACCAAGUCCCAGCCCCUCAGACCAUCCAGCCAGUCUCAUACAAGCAGGAGAAGGAGGGAGAUCACUUUGUCCUCACACUGGACACUCAGGAGUUCACCCCAGGAGACCUGUGUGUCAAGCAGGUGGGAAGGAAGCUACGGGUGUGUGGGAAGACGGAGAAGAAGCAGGAGGAUGGAAAGGGCUCCUACUCCUAUAAAAGGCAGGAGUUCAGACAGGAGUUUGAUCUGCCUGAAGGUGUCAACCCCAAUGCGGUGACAUGCUCCCUGUUGGACGGCCAGCUCCGGAUACAGGCGCCAACGGAGGCACUGUCUGAGGGAGCCCAGAGAGCGGAGCCCAUCCCCUGCAGCCCCGGUGAGAAGACCCUGCAGAUCCAGAGCUCACAGGCAGAGGGCAGCACAGAAGAGACACAGAAUCACCAGUAGGGGGCACAACUGCCUAAAGACUGCUGAAAUGUUUCAUAUGCUUUCAGAACUUUCUCAAAGAGUCAACAUUUUUCCCCUGUUCAUUCACUUAAUGUGCAUUUUCUGUUUCUGAUAUUAAAGCUGAUGUAAUCAC